CAACGAAGCCGGGAAAGAAACAACGAAGAUCGCGCCAGGGAAACAGCGGCCCCCGCACUCAUUCAUAAUCCGGCGGACCGGAAGGAAUGGGUUACGUCACUUCCUACCGUCGCACAGCCAAUACGUUUCCCGGUCGACCCUGCUGCGGGAACCUUUGUUUUUCCGCUCUCGGAGCCGGCUGCUGCCGGGAGAGGUUCGUCUGUCCACCGGGAACGGACGGGGCAGCGGGGCGGAGCGGUGAGUUGUUACCAGCUCACCGGCUCCCAGCCGACUCUGGGAGGCUCAAGACUUCUGCGAGGGGCGAGGUGUUUGCAAUGGCUGCUACUGUGAACUUGGAACUUGAUCCCAUUUUUUUGAAAGCACUAGGCUUCUUACAUUCAAAGAGUAAGGAUUCUGCUGAAAAGCUAAAAGCACUACUUGAUGAAUCUUUGGCUCGGGGCAUUGAUUCAAGUUACCGUCCAUCUCAAAAGGAUGUGGAGCCACCCAAAAUUUCAAGCACAAAAACUGUUUCCAUUAAGCAAGAGCCCAAAACAUCAUCCAGUCUUCCUUCUGGCAAUAAUAAUGGCAAGGUCCUAACAACUGAAAAGGUAAAGAAGGAAGGUGAAAAGAGACCUGCUGAUAAAAUGAAAUCAGACAUCACUGAAGGAGUUGAUAUUCCAAAGAAACCUAGAUUGGAGAAACCAGAGACACGGUCCUCUCCCAUCACUGUCCAAACAAGCAAGGAUUUAGCUAUGGCUGACCUUUCCAGCUUUGAGGAGACCAGUGCUGAUGAUUUUGCCAUGGAGAUGGGAUUGGCCUGUGUUGUUUGUAGGCAAAUGACAGUGGCAUCUGGUAAUCAAUUAGUAGAAUGUCAGGAAUGCCAUAAUCUCUACCACCAAGAUUGCCAUAAGCCGCAGGUGACAGACAAAGAAGUGAAUGACCCUCGCCUUGUGUGGUAUUGUGCCCGAUGUACCAGACAAAUGAAAAGAAUGGCUCAAAAAACUCAGAAACCACCACAGAAACCAGCCCCCACAGCUGUUUCUGUAGCUCCAGCUGUUAAAGAUCCAUUGGUUAAGAAACCAGAAACUAAACUCAAGCAAGAGUUAACUUUUCUAGCAUUUAAGAGAUCAGAAGUCAAGGCAUCCACGGUUGUUUCAGGAAAUUCUUCUAGUACCGGUGUUUCCUCUUCAGCAACUAGUGGCCUAACUGGAUGGGCAGCUUUUGCAGCCAAAACUUCUUCUGCUGGUCCAUCAACAGCAAAAUUGAGUUCAACAACCCAAAACAAUAGCGGGAAACCUGCUACCUCAUCAGCUAACCAGAAGCCCGUGGGUUUGACUGGUCUGGCAACAUCAUCCAAAGGUGGAAUAGGUUCCAAAAUAGGUUCCAGUAACAGCACUUCACCCACUGUACCAUUGAAACCACCUCCACCUCUAACUUUGGGCAAAACUGGCCUUAGCCGCUCAGUUAGUUGUGACAAUGUUAGCAAAGUAGGUCUUCCCAGUCCAAGUAGUUUGGUUCCAGGAAGCAGCAGCCAACUAAGUGGGAAUGGAAAUAGUGGGACAUCAGGGCCUAGUGGAAGUACCACUAACAAAACCACUUCAGAAUCAAGCAGCUCUCCCUCAGCAUCCCUUAAAGGUCCAACUUCACAAGAAUCACAACUCAAUGCCAUGAAGCGAUUACAGAUGGUCAAGAAGAAGGCUGCCCAAAAGAAACUCAAGAAGUAAUGUGGCCAAGUAGGUUUUUAUAUCAUACUACCCUAAAGAUUAAACUCUUAUUAUUAGGACAUAGACUGUAGUAUACUAUAAUUUAAUAAAAAUCUUCAUAAUGAAA